ACGAGAUACUCCGUAUCAUUCUCAGGUCGGCAAGGGCACCGUAUUAUGAGCUCAACCCGUCAACUCGAUCCAUUCCAAGCAUGGACAGCACGUGGGUCGCAGAGCUCCGCCUUCGCAAGGGUCUCAUCCUGGUCUGUAAGCGGUGGUCCGGUCCAGCUAGAGAAUUCUUCUACGAAGACAUCGUGCUACGUCGGACGAAGGAGCUCUUCGCACUCGCCCACACACUUGCCGCCAACCAGGGACUGCACCGGAACCUUGCCAUCCUGGUGAAAAGCAUCCGAUUGGAGGGAUACGUCGUCCGGGGUCCAUGCGCGGACGCAACACGCGACGCUCUACGGUCGAUCUUCUCGCUGUGUACCGCACUGCGAACGUUCGAAUACCAGACGGCGAAGAGAUUCCCCACUCUCACGCUACCCCCGAAAGAUACACGCGGCGCUUUCAAUCCAGCGUGGUUCGUCGACGACAGCUUCGAGCCAUUUCAGGUCGCUUUCCAGCGGCGAGUCUCGGCGCUCACAAGGCUUGUCCUGGCGAUGCCUCUGUCACAACAGCAAGUUGCGCACCUGCACGGUCUUCUCUCAACUGCGACCUGCCUACAGACUCUCAGGAUUGGCUCCUUGCAAAAUGCGGAGGACGACGAAGGCUACCUUGGAUCCCUGCCAGUCUUGUCACUAUCCCAGCUGAAGGAACUUCGCAUGCCCGUCAACCGAGCCCGCCUCGUCACCUACGUCUCUACGACCUGGGAAAUGCCCCGUUUGAAGCGGCUUACGACGCUCAGUACUUUCAAAGUACCUCACGAGCUGAUCACAGCCCACGGCGCGCAUCUCCUCUAUCUGCACCUCGAUCCACGCCCAGUGUCACGGUGGAUUGGACCUAGCAGACGCCGAGUGGAGAUCGAGGACAUCAAACGUUUGCAGGAGUCUUGCCCCCUCCUGGAACAUCUCGUGCUUCCUGACUGGUGGAACGCCGAUCACCUUCGAUCUGAACUGGAAUCAUCGGCUUCGGCUCUCCGAUGCGUGGAUAUAUGGUCCAGACAAACCACUACGACUGGCGUGCUCAAUCUUUGGCUACAGGACCGUCCUGGUAGCACACUCGUCAUGAGAUCCUUGCAUCUGGACCUCGGCCACGCCGAUCUGCCGACGAUCUGCCAUCCAAAGACGUAUCUACCCGACGGCGAAACACGGACAGUGCGCUUCCCCCGACUCAGCGCUGUCUGGUCGAAACACCUUAUCAUACCUGAUGCGAAGACAGGACGCUAUGAUGACUGGAGCUCCGACUCAGAGAACUCGAAGUUGAGCGACUACGACCCUGAACACGAUAUUGAACCCGGCCUCAAGGACGAUGUCGAGGAAGGCCCUCCGACCUCGGGGCCGCGGGGAUAAAGAGGAAGGGGAGGAGAUGUAAUAGUCGUAUCUAAAACCCGUCGCUUCAUGAUAGUUUCU